AGCAACACCGAGCGCAUGAGACCGUGAAUCGGUAGACCAGCUCAACGCUUCUCGGGCUGGUUCUUGUAAAUCUUACAUGGAAAAGGCGGAAAACAGAUAACCGACGCACAACUGAAUACCACCAACGUACAUUUUUCUGUUCCUAAGAGCUGUUUUGGGGGGCACCACUAUUGUGUCGGCCGUAGCCUACGAUUUCACUGGGAGGGAUAAGUCGCAGAUAUAUCGUUUUCUCCGUCGCUAUGAAGUUCGUUGUGGUGCUGGUAGCAGCUGGAACGCUGGCCUUCCUCGGUGCAGUCAUCUGCAUCAUUGCGAGUGUCUACCCGAGGAAAGGUGGCGCCGAUUAUCUCACGGACAACGGCACGCUGACCUCGGAGGCCCUGUUACAGACCCUCGGUACGGGCGCUGUUGCUCACGCUGGUCCGCUGGGCGCUCUCCACGGUUCUGAAUCCUACGAGGAUGGCGGCGGGCUGGGACUCGGUCUGAAGACUCCCGCUCUUAACGCGCUGAGUCCCGGGGAGAUGACGAGCAGCGGAGGGCCGAAACAGUUCAGCUUCAGCCGGCUCAUCUGCACUCCGAUCCCGGCCGGAGACUGCAGCACCAAGAUCCUGAAUCAUCAAGCGGAAGACCCGUCUCUUUACGGUGAUGACUGGGGCUACCUCCGCACCACCGCAGACGAACUCCGGCAGAUGGUCAUGCAACAGAACGACCAGAUCCUCAUGGACCAGCGGACGAUCCGCGAGCUGAACGGGAAGCUGACGGAGUGCGAGAGCGACCUCGACGACCGGAACCUACCCGAGAGGAGUCUUGGGGUCUGGGCGGGCAACCGCCGCCUCAUGGCCGGGGAUGAUGUGAGCUCGUCGGCCGCGGUGCAGCUGCAGACCGCUCGGGCUGUGGAGGAGUUGGAGAGGGCCAUCCUUGACUUGAAGGACCGAAUUGAGAAGCUGGAGUCGGAGAUAGGACCUGCUGCUCAUAACCACACCGACCCCUCCCUGACCCUCAGCAUGGGGUCAGGGGUCAUUAGCGCCAAAACCGGGGGCGUAUCCUCCGCACCCCCUGCGAGACCUCCGGUCCCCCCUGCUGCCCCUGCUUCCCCAGCCAAGGCCUCCCCUCCUGGGGGCUCCCCACGCGGAAAGGCCCCCUGGAAGGUGGAGGACCUGGAGGGGGAGCUGGAGAGGAAGAUCCAGCAGCUGGAGGAGGAGAGGAAGACCAUGAGGACGGAGACCCACAGCCACCACCAGAAGAUCGACCAGGGGAUCGACACCCUGCAGCACCGCCUCACUCACCUGGAGAGCACCCUGACAGAGUCCCCCUUCCCAGAAGGCUUCGUCCUGUCCCUCCCCAUGAGGACCAACUACAUGUACGGCCUGGUGAAGAAGGACAUGCCCGAGAUGUACGCCUUCACCGCCUGCAUGUGGCUCAAGCCCAGUGAGCCGGGCAUCGGCACGCCCUUCUCCUACUCUGUCCCGGGGCAGCCCAACGAGCUGGUGCUGCUGCAGGGGAUCCACAACCCAGUGGAGUUGCUCAUCAACGAUAAGGUGGCGCAGCUGCCCCUGUCCCUGACCCAGGGCGAGUGGCAGCAUGUGUGCGUGAGCUGGACGCUACGGGACGGGGUGUGGAAGGCCUACCAGGGGGGCAAGAUGAGGGGCAGGGGGGAGGGGCUAGCCGCCUGGCACCCCAUCAAGCCAGGAGGGGUGCUGAUACUGGGCCAGGAACAG